GAAUUCUAGAAAAAAACAACUUUGAAAAGUCUUCAUUUACCAGAAGUCUGCCUCACACUGUUCUUGAAUUAGGAUCCGGCACAGGCAAGUUUACUCGAGUCAUGGUUGAAAUCUUAAAAGGCACUGGGACUCAAGUAAUAGCAAGUGAUCCCACUGGUACCAUGAUACGGCAGUUCCAAAGAGUUUUACCUUUCAUUGAGGUGCUGCAGUGCAGCGCAGAGAAUAUUGCUCUCCCAGACUCGAGUGUUGAUGCAGUUGUCGCUGCGCACUGUUUUCAUUGGUUCGCAAACGAAGAGGCUGUGAGAGAUAUUUACAGGGUGUUAGUGCCUGGUGGUUCUCUGGGAAUGAUUUGGAUCUUUCCAGAUGAAUCAGUGCCCUGGGUCAAAGAGUUGUUAGCAUUUUUUCGCCCGUUAGAAAAUGGUUUCAAACACACAACCUCAAAAGAAACCAUGAAUAGGAUAUUUCAAGUGGUCGGAAAACUGUUCACUGUACAAAAGGAUUCGACAACGAGGAAACACUGGCAGCUUACUUAUGACGAAUGUUACAAUACCCUGACCUCUAAAGGUAUUUUGCAAAGCAGCCCGGAUGAAGUGAAAGAUGAAUUCAAGUUUUGGUUUCAUAACGUCAUGCGAAAGCAUUUUCCCGAUAUCAAAGAAAACGAGCGGAUCCCAUGUCCGUCGGUCACGUUGAUAUGUUGGUGCAAAAAAAAGGAAACGAUAGAAAAUUUAGAAUGAAACUACUGGUUCCAUUCCGUUUGAUUUGCUUGGUGCUCACGUACUUUUUCAUAUGACAUCUAGCUCAUUUGCACUUAAAAGUUUUACCGAUUCACUCCUUCAGCCAACAAAUCCUUCCCUUGAUGUAUUAGAACUAGCUAAAAUGGAGAGUCCACACGGCCUUACAGAUUUAACCACUUCAAUUGAAAUAUAUACCUAUACUCAUGCCAUAAUUAUCACAUCUAUUAAAUCUGACCGCACUACCCCAUCAUCGCAGUCAACUCUUUAACUUCAUUUCCAAUACAUUAUAGUUUUUGACAAGUGUUAGAAAUUUCCAGAGUAUAUUUUAGAGUCGGGUAGAAAUUUGACAGCAGUUAAAGAUUUGUUGAGUUUCUCUCUGAUAGAGGAAGUAGCGCCGUUACAAACGUCGAUGUUGCGACCGUAGAGUUGAGAUUUG